UGGCCAUCGCUGACGGCGCCUCAGUUCACAGACGGCCUCCGUUCUGUCCGAUCUAGUUAGCUAGGUUUGGCGGUGGCAGUGAAAUAUAUACGGUAGAAAGAUUCGCCGUUGUUAAUUACCGUCGAUUUUUCACCGUCGAACGUUGUCAGUAAUACCGUGAUAAUGCGGCGUGUUAUCGCGUGUGAGAUCGGCUGACCUCAGGUGAAUAAAGUGCACAACGGGAUUUACGGCCGAGAUAAUAAAACGGUAGGAAGAUUUGAGGGACUACUCCUGGAUUUCCGACUCGAAGUCAGGCAUCGCGAGGAUUUGUCAAUAUUUCAUGUUAUAAAGUAAAUUCGCACCUACCCAGCAAGACGCGGUCUUUCAUUCUCGCUGUGUUUGAUCCACCGUGUAAUAAACAAAUUUGCCUCGAUUCCUUCGCCUCUAAGGGCACGCGUAUUAUCUCUGAUUUCGAACAUCAUCGCUAUAUCUCCACAGAGGUUAUAAAUUAUCGAGGAACACGAAGGACUUUUACCGCUUGCAGCAAAACAUGACGUUAAAGGAGUAUACCAGACGACCGUAGUCGAGGAGAAGAGUUGCUGCUACGAAUCAAGAGUAGCUAGCCUCCUGGGUCUUAUAAAAAUCACGUUUCACCUUACGCAACUAAUAAAUGUUUCCGCGCUUGAAUCUUGCGAACUAUGUUUACCAAGAAAUUGAUACGAAGCGUAAACUGUAGGACCUGAGCCUGUGUUCGCGUAAAAAUAAACUACUUUUGUUUUCCUAGACUCUCUUUUCAAUUAUAAACAUUCAACAUAUCUAAUCAAUUGGGUGUUAUUAAUAAUCAAAAUAUUUUAUCAUCGUGGAAAUGAAUCGCGAAUAGUAUAUAUUGAUAUUUAUAUACUUAAAGGAACGACAGCAACAAUAACAACAAUAAUAAUUAUUAUUAUUUUUAUGGUAAUAAUAUUCGGAGGAUGUUCGAUGUUCGAUCGAUACGUGUAAACGAAACGAUAACUAUACAUAUAUGUAUAUACACGUAGUUAGAAGCUGAAAAUUAAAAAUCGAUAACUUGACAAUAAUAAAUUUAUCGUAAAACAGUUUAUGUAUGAACAUUUUUUGGAAUCACUAUUCAUUAAUCUACCGCGCGUAAACUAUACGAGUAUAAGUGAGCUUAUCUUGAGAAAAAGAAAACGGUCAAGUUGAGUUAAGAGGAAGAAGUAGAAGUAGAAGAGAAAAAAGAAAAAAAAAACAUCUUGGAGAAAUAUCGUGCGCCGAGAAGUACCGUCAAAGUAAGGUGUCCAGUGAGGAGUGACAUGGCCUUCAUGAUGAAAAAGAAAAAGUAUAAAUUCUCCGUUGAAGUGGGCUUGGAAGAACUGACCGCAGUCCCCUUUGUCAGCGCGGUUCUUUUCGCAAAGCUUCGUCUUCUCGACGGUGGUUCAUUCGUCAAUCAUUCCACUAGGGAGGAGGUCCAAGAGCACACAGUAAGAUGGAACGCGAGGUUCGAAUUUCUCUGCAAAAUGAGCGCAAAUGCUUCGACGGGUAUUCUUGACCCUUGCAUUCUGAGGAUAUCAGUGAGAAAGGAGCUGAAAGGGGGCAGGUCCUUCCAGAAGCUGGGCUUCACGGACUUGAAUCUUGCGGAGUUUGCUGGUGCCGGUCAGUCGAGACGAAGAUGUUUACUGGAAGGCUACGACGCUAGACACAGACAAGACAACUCUAUGCUCAGGGUAGCGAUCCGGAUGAACAUGUUGUCGGGCGAUAUUUUAUUCAAAGUACCCUCACCGUCGUUAAAGCAAACACAAUUGGCAGUGCCGGGUGUUCCUGGUAUACCGGGAGUCGGUGCCGACGAAGGUAGCGGACCGGAAAGAUGUGGCAGCCGAGAAGAUUACGUCUCCAGUGGAUCCUUAGCAGGUAGCAUAGCUAGCGCAAGUAGUGGAUUUGGCAGUCUUCCGAAGAAAAGAGCACCUCUGUUCUCUUCUGAAUUGAUAGGCGGUGCGGAGACGUAUGAUCCGAUGACGUUGGGCGAAGUUAUUACGUCGGCAAUACCGAUUGAAACAUUAGCAGAAGCUCACACGGAAUCUGGACACUCAAGAAAUAGUAGUAACACCAGUCAACUAAGUAAAGGUUCGGGGUAUGGAUCGCUAAAUUCACACAGCCAGCACAGCAGGCAAAGCAGCAGUGGAGAUAGUGGACAUAUCAGGUCACCUUCUUGGCCGGUAUGGGCGCCACGCCUUCCAACUGUUCCUCAAAAUCAAAAGUACAACCAUGUCGAAUCAACUCAUCCAAUGUCUCCUCCGUCUCCCACCCUAACUUUAAUGGAAUCUAGUUGUAACGAAUUUUGGUCUAAUUCAAGUCCAGUUUCAUCCAGAAAAAUGGACAUCGAGGAUAUACAGAGUGUUGUGAAUUCGGCAGCAAUAAAUACGAAUGUCAGUAUUCCUGACAAUGAGAUUUUUAAAGUACCGAACGGCACGGGUCUUCAAUUAACGAAAAAUAACAAUAAUAAUGUUCAAAACAAUAAUCGUCUAGGUAGCCUUCGAUUGUCUAAUUUUAACGCACCUACCAUGUUGCGUAAGAAUUUGCAAAAUAUUUCUCAAAGAAAUAAGUCAAAUAAAUCAAACACGAAAGAAUCUGUACAAAUUCCGCCAAAUAGAAUAUCUACCAAUAGUAUCGAUCAGCAGCGACGUACUUCAAAAACUUGUGAUUGUAUAGAAAAGAGUAACGUCACUCCGGUCGUAACUCUUAUUAAUCAGGCCAGGGCCGUUUCCUCUCCCGAUCCACUUCAUAGACCUGACACUCCCAGAGCGUCGCUACUCUCAGCGACAGCAUCUCAGAGGCUCAGGGGUAUCGGAGGCGGUCAUAGAAAAUUACUGGACGGGGCUGGUGGAAAACUCGCCACCGUAGCAACUAGCCCGGAUUCUGAGGAGCCCUCGGAAAUACUUGAGGCUACUGCUACUACCACUGCGCAUAGACGAAACAGCGUCACCCCACCGUCAGUCCAUGCCCUUGUAAAUCCUUCCGGUGGAUCUGGCCUAAGUGAAACUGGUUCUUUGGAUCGAGCCAAGGCAGCACUUGAACGCAGAAAAAAGGCUGAAGAUGGCAACAUCAAUCCCAUUCUAUGCAGAGUCGAAGUGACAAGGCCAAACGCUGAUUCGUUGAUAAAUGAGUUAUUGAAAGCGACAAAUUUAGACCAAUCAGAUCUUGAAAGUGCGGAAACAUCUGGAUUACAACUAUUCAUAGCAAAAGAUGGCACCACGGCACUGGGCAGUCAUGAGGUAAAGAGUCAAAUGCCAGCUGGAGUGUUUAAGCAAGUUGUAAUGGAAGAUAACAACAGGUAACACAAAAUCAAUUUGACGAGUCGUCAAAAUUCGCGCCACGUCACAACGUUUUCACUUGCACUGGUGCCAGAGUUGGUGUACGAAGCUUAUGAACCCAGGUAGUAAUAAGACUAUCAUAGUGAUUAAGUCAAAUGCUGAUUCAUGAAUUUUGCAUAACAUUUCAGUUGAUAAUGUUAAGUGCAAGAAAAUAUAUUAGAUGCUGAGAAUAUUCACAAACAAGCAGUCUCUCUUCAAAAUUUCUUUGGAAGUAGAAACCUACUCAUCCCUAAAAAUAGCAUUUCUUAAUACCUUAUAGUCUAUACCUAAGAACUCUCUAUGAAACGAAGUGAUAGUGUUACAGACUAUUAAUACGAUUAUCAAUAGCAAACAGAUAAUUCGUAUUUUCAUGGUAUUUGUCACUCGUAUCUAAUGGUUCCUUAAGUUACUCGACACAUCCAAGGGAACUUCGACGAGAAUGGAAUUUGCUACGAUGAAUCGAUUUUGACAUAAGACUGCAUCUGUAUUUUGAACAGAAGUUACUUCUCGGUACCCACUCAUUGCGUAUCAGACUAUACAAAUAAUUCUUGUAAAAAUGAUGAAGAAUAUCAAAAUUUUUGUUGUUACUUUGAAACGUAUUAUAAUUUAUAAGCGAACUACAAAUAUGCAAACAUUCUCUCCUCAAGAUCUUAUAGUUAAACGUCGAACCUUAACAGUAUCCUUUUAUUUACCAUUUAAAAAAAUGUUAAAAAAGCUUGAACAUAAUAAGUUAGACAAAUGCUCCUUCAAAAUAUGAUUAAGUGAUGCUAAGCUGCAAAAAAUAAUUUUAAUUUAAGUCGUUUUAAAAUUGAAAAAGCAACAAAGUGCUUAAACAAUAACAUAAAUAUUUUCUUCCAUAAUAACGAAGCACAAGACGCCCCUGUGUUUCAAAAUGGAAAGUUAGUCAAUAUUUAGCAAGAUAUUCAAAUGUAACAAACAAUAAUAGUUAUAAAACAAUGCGACAUGGACAGAUGUGAAAACUGAUAAGUGUUAAACUAUUAAUCAAUAUGGAAGCUGUGUAUGCACCAACGCAUCUGUCAAAAUUUUCAUAAAAAUGAAUCAAAAACGAUUAUAACGAAUGUGUGACGUCAAUUUCUUUCUAUCACGUACAAUGUAUAUAUAUAUAUACACAUAUACACAUAUACAUGUUGUUAAAAAAUUUCAUGCUCUAUGGUAAAAUCUGAUGUGAUCAAGUCUCACGGGUGUUAUUUAAAAUUCGUAGAAUAUUGAAAAUAAUCGUGUACAAAUUAUCAAAUCAGACUUGACUUGAAAAUCUUGACUAUACAGAAGAAAACCGGUAUGUACAUUUACUAUCAUAUUAAUCAAUUAUUUUAACCAACAAUUUAUUUUUCACAAAUUUCAAGCUUUAUAUUCUAUAAUGAUAUAUUUUCAAAUUCAAAUAUAUUGAUUGUUGAAUAUUGCAUUCAGUAUUGACUGAAGUUUUCACCGUUGGUGCAACCAGCUAUAUUAUAGCAACUUGUAUAUAAAUAGAAUAGUAAUUGUUAUGUAGCUAAAUGGCAGGUGUUAUACAUUCUCUGUAUUUAAAUCUAUACCGUGUAUAUUACUGUUGGUAUGGUACUCAAAUUGGCUCACGUGUGUCAGUGCGUGUGUAAAAUAAUGUAUGUAUGUUUUAACUUCGAACGUGUGUGAUAGUAUCAGUUUCCGUUCUUCAAUCUUAAGUAAAAAUUUGCAAGUUAGAUACGAUAUAUUAUCAUGUUAUAGAAAUUCAUAAAAUUGUAUUGACAUUGUGAACAGUCACGAUUGGCAAUGUAACACGUCGUUUGUUAAUAAUAACUACUGGCAACGAACUAAAAAAGUGUAUCAGCUAUAUAAAUGCUAGUUAUUAUGAAAUCUAGAUACUGAGUAGGAGCUUAUAGAUUCCAUCGCAUAAAUUGAGUUCUGUAUAUUUCUUGAGUUUCACGCAUUUACUGUAUCGACAUACACAUAUUUCAAAAACGAUAAUUAGUCUGGUGAUUCAUGCAGCUCAUUAUUUUUGCUAAUAAUGAUAAACUUAAAUUAGGUAUUAAUGUGACAAUUUUGAAAUAUCGAUACCAGUGUUACUGCUAGAAAAUAAUAAUUUAUUAAAUUGUAGGUAAUAAAUAAUCAUAGUUAAUAUCGAAUGAAAUGAUUUUUCUCAUAUGUAUAUUACUUCAAUUUUUUCUCGUCACUUAAUGCCAAGGUCGGAGUCACACUACGUGAAAUAUUCGUAACAUAAAUGCAUCAAGCACAGUAAACCCUGUAUUUUUUUUUUUUACCUGUUAUUUACCUUUCCUAAAUUCGUCGCACCAAUAUAUCUAUUUCUGGCGUGGACUCGAAGAAAUUAUCCAGUUUUUCCGACAACUCCAAUAAUUGUAACACAACGUAAGCAACCCUUGGUUUCAAACAUCUCCAGAGUUGUAUAAAAGAAAUGCAGGCGUUACUGUAGCAACUAUAACUAUUUUAAUGGUUUGGGUUACUUUAAGAACGUCACGCAGAAGAAUUGAUAAGUUUUUUUUUUUUUUUUUUACAAGAAGUUACGUUUGACUUGUGAAACCAAUGUUAAGCGUUGUGAUAUUUUACAUGAUUGUAAUAAUUAAUAUUACGGUGUUGUUAUUGUACUGUAAUAUGAGUUAACUCUGGCCCAAAAAUUUUUCAACAAAUGUUUGUUUAUUAAUUUUUAGAUUAAUUUCUAUAAUUUACUGUUGUUGACACUUCAUGUAUCUAAUUAUGUGGAAGGAGAAGUACUUCCAUGUGCUGAUAAUAAGAUAACAUGCUAAAAACCAGAAA